AUAUGGCUGAGUUGGUGAUUAUGAACGUUUAAAGUUUAAAGUGUUAUUCUCCCCGAAACGGCAGUGGGUUCUGCGGAAUCCCCGGCCAUCGCCUAGUUUUUGACUCAGUAUUAUGCAUUUUUGAACGCAUGGGUCAAUUCCAGUCCAUAGUUCAACGCAGAAGCCGAAGUACUCCGCAUCAGCUGAAAUCUUUCCCUGAUCUCAGUAAUUUCCCCCCCGAAGUUGCUGUGUGUGUUUUGUCGCACUUGAACGCAACGGAUCUAUGUCUUGCUGCCUGUGUUUGGAAGCAAUUAGCUGACAAUGAACUUCUCUGGCAAAGCCUGUCAAAAGUUACAUGGGGCCAUGCUUCAGCAUAUUACAGGAAGCGUCAGGGAAAGAUUUCCUACAAGGAACUGUACAUGUUGCUGGAUGAGGGCACUUGCCUCUUUAAUUUUGAUCCUCAUCAGGGAAUAAGUUAUCUCGUCAGACACAAUGUGUUGGAUGAUUCAUGCAUGGAGAUAGCAAAGUUUAUCAACUGUACAGGUGCACUUUAUGGAAAGUCUGUCAGCGAGUAUCUAAAUACAAGAAGAGACAUCUUGCAAGAAAUUGUGAACAUGCAGCGUUAUGAGGGGAUAUUUUUGCCUGUGGCAUUAAGGCAGUUUUUUGAAAGAGUGUAUCCCCCCGAACAAAGAGGAGAAUUCUUAGACACCCUUUUAAACAAGUUCUCAAUUCCGUUCUGUGCUACAAAUCCUAGCACAUCCUUAACACCAGAGAGUGUAUUUAUACUGUGCCACUCGCUGAUUCUUCUCAGUGUGGAUCUGAGCAGUCCGCAUGUGAAAAACAAAAUGACAAAGAGGGAGUUUGUCAAAAACCUGCGUGGUCUCAUCCAAGGGCCUGGUACUGAGUUUCUGGGUGAUCUUUACGACAAUGUGUAUUUAGAGGGACACAUUGCUUUGAAGGCAAAGAAGUGUGUGCAGAAAACGACCUUUCCUUUUGAAAGGCCAUAUGGGAAAAUAUUUUUACACAUGUAGUAAUUUAAUCAGUAAGAAACAUAUUUAAUUAAAUAAGAUUUUGUACUCUUUUAGAUGAAAUUGUUAGUACUUCCAAACGGAAAGCAACAGAGUUAUCGAUCAGCACAAACCAACCUGAUUUCAACCCAAUUUUUGAAAUUUACUGUUAGGGUUUUAUAUAAUUGAAUUCUUUGCAUAGUAUGCGUGCCAGAAGUAUUGCUUCAUAUAGUUGAGAGGGCUUAAAGUGGAUUUUUAACAGAAGAUUAUGUCAGUAUGUGAAGAUGGCAAGAAAAAAAGAACUAAUUGUUAUUUAGUCAUUUUUGACAUGUGAUCUUGGCAAGACUUAAGAGGAGCAUCUUUUUUCUUUACAUCCUCUCUGAGUCAAUGUAGCUCCAACUUUACUUUGUAAGUGAAGUUUUAAAUUUCAUUUUUACAUUGAUUACCAAUAUGUAGACAAGCCAUACUUUAAGUACUUACUAUUUAGCAUGCUACAAUGUUGUAAGGAAUUGAUUUAUUUAUGUAAACUUAAUGCAUAAUUUAUUUUUAAGAAAACCUUUGUUGCAGAAUUUAUGUUGCUUAAAGAACCAAUUGUUUCUUGUACAAAAUAGAAAAUGCUGAUAGAUUUUUCCUCGUUCAAUGAGAUUGGAAAACUAUCACUGUUGAGGUAAACGUAUGAAUAUAUUUAAAAACAUUGUCUAAAUUUUAGCACUGAAUAGGAAAUUUGUUAAACAAGUUGUGAAAUAAUGUGUGCAUGAAGAUGAAAAUAUAUGUCAAACAAAUCUUGUUUUUUUUUUUAUAAACAAACUUGAGAAAAUAUUGCAAUGUUGCAAUAUUUAGAGUGUCAUAGCACCACAAGAUGCGAGCUGGAUGGCUUUUUUCUUUUUUUUUAGUCAUGCUCUUUUUUGGUCUUUCUCUUUUCAGAGUUUUGAAGAAAGACAUCAUUGUAACUUAUAUUUGGACAGUUUUCUAUUGUACAUGUAAUGCGUGAGUUUGAGCGCGUGCGUGCGUGGGUGUGCGUUGUGUGUGGGUGUGUGCGAGUGUUUUUUUUUAUUGAUUUUUAAUUCUAAAAGACACUAUUUGAAUUCCUCGAAGGAACAUUUCAGGCUGAUUGUUGGUGUUCAAGAUUUUCUUUUUAAUGCCAUGUAGACCACAAUUGUUUACAAUAAAAGUCUGAAAACAAACAAUUUA